AUGAUGCAUGCGCUUAGAAAGCAACCGUCGCUCUGGGUCUCCGCAAGAGUGCGCAAUGGGGCCCUCACUGCUCAUCCAGGGUUUCCUAGAGAUCAGCACAGCAACUCAGUGCUCACAGGAAGAACUUCGAAUACAGAUAGUUUGAUACUUCCUGUGAGGUUGAGCAGUGUGUUGUCGGCAUCAGCUGCGAGGGAGUCUGCCGAAUGGCCAACGGCAACACGGGGGACGGUACCAACGAGGAGGGCACAAUUGAGGCAGCUUAACUUCUUCGGUGUCCCCGGACCUAUGGUGUCAUCUCUUUCCCAUGCCCAGUUCUGCGGGAUCCUGAUCCGACGUCCGCUGAGCACGGUCCCCUCAGGAACGACUGGAGCGGCAGCAGUAGCCUCCGAAGACACAGACGGACAGCAACGGGAGCUGUCAGGGUGGACUCCUAAGGAGCCAAAUGAGGGCCAAGCAGUGCCCACAAAGCCGAAUGAGGGCCAAUCAUUGCCUAAGAAGUCAAAUGAGGGCCCAUCCGUGCGUGUUAAUCUUUCGCGAAUUCCCGGGACAGAAAACGCGAAGGACGGUCUGAUGACUCUAGUUUUCACCUGUUGCAAGUGCAAUAGAAGAUCGGCCAAGAAAUUUUCAAAGGUGGCAUAUACUCAGGGGGUGGUGAUCGUGCGGUGUCCCGGCUGCAGCAAUCUCCAUUUAGUGGCAGACCGUCUGAAAUGGUUUGGAGAUGAGGAGAGCGACGUGGAGACAAUCCUGGCGGCGAAGGGAGAGAAGGUACUUCGGUCAUUGACAGGCAAGCAAGCUCGGCGCACCUGCUCGACUUCGAGGGGAUGUGUGAUGGUCGGAAAGGGCCUACGCACGGUCCACACAACAUUGUCACGGAGUCUUAAGCUGUAUAUAUAUAUAUAUAUACGAGUUGCUAAGAUUUUCAGUGGCGAAGGAUGUCUACUGCGUCCAUUUUUUCUUUACAGAGUUCACAACCGGCACAGAAAUGACAUCACUUUUUGUGUGUACAUUUCUGCGUGCACGUGGCGGGCCUACGAACAUAGCAGAGUUAAACUUCACAUGAGCGUUGAUGAAGCGUUUGUAGCUCAGUGUUAG